CUAGGCUGGCGUGCUUGACCCGAAAAAUCAACAAAGCGCAUGGCGACAUAAAUUAGUUCCAGAAAUUUGACUAUAACUCAGCUAUAAAUUGUUAUAAUCUUCACCGGAGUCUGCAAAAGUCUUCCCAGUUGCAAUUUGAGAAAUGGAAGCUGGGGCUGAGCCGGCCACUGGAGGCAGCGAUCUGAGUGCUGCAGCUUUCUCAGAAGCUGAAAAUUAUGGAGGCCUCCAGCCCGUGACGGAAGCAGUGCCACCAGUCAUCAUGGCAGGCCAGACCGCACAGCAGCAGGAUUUCAUGAAUGGUGGUGCAGAGGUUCUCAACAAGGAUGCUGCUACUGAAGGUGUGUUUACUGGGAAGCAACUUAUGGGAGCGAAUGUCAUAAAUGUCCCCGUGAAGGAGCCAAUGAUCAUUCCAGAGAGUUACACACCCCUAGGAGAAGGCGACCAGGGUGGGCCCAAUAAUGACAUUAUCAGCCAGAAAGAAAAAUCCGCUUCACCCCCAAUUUUAGAGGAGGAGAAAGAAGUUGCCCUUGAUAGUGAGGCAGUAAGUGAAGAUGCCCCUGUCAUUGAAGCUGAGGAGACUGCAAGGCCAAGAAGAGGAAGACAGUCCAAAGGAAAUGCUCUUGAAACUGAAGAAAAAGCAGAGGUAGCUAGUCCACGGAGAGGACGAGGGAGAGGUCGGAAUGCAUCAGGCAAGUCACUUGAAGGAGAUGAUGCCAAGACAGGAAGAUUGACAAGGGGAAAAUUGGGAAAGAAAUCAGAAGUUGUUGAGGAUGAAGAGGAGGAAGAGGAAGAAGAAGAAAUGGAAGAAGAGGAUGAAGUUAAAACUUCAGGAAGAAGAGGUAGGCAAAAGAAGUCAGCAGAGGAAGGAACUACACCUAAGGGUCGGGGAAAGGUGAAGAAAGAGGUUGAAGAAACACCAACUCCUAGAAGAGGUAGAGGGAGACCUAAAAAGGAAAUUUUAGAGGAGGAAGAGCUUGAAGAUGAAGAGGAAGAGGAGAUUGAAGAAGUGAAAACACCAAGGAAAGGUCGGGCUCAGGUAGCCUCUCCUGGUGCAAGUAAGACAAAAGGUGUAAUGGAAGAGGAAGAUAAAAUGCCAGUUGUUGGUAGGAAAAGGGGAAGAAUCUCUGAUGCUGCUACUCCAGUGAAGAAAAGAAAAGAGAUGGAGGUUAUAGAUGUCAAGGAAGAGGAAGAAGAGGAGGAGGAAGAAAUGGAAGAAUUGGAGGAAGAGGAAGAAGAAAUUGAUGAGGAAGAAUAUGAAGAAAUGGAUGAUGAUGAGGAAGAUGAGGAAGAAAGUCCACUGAUAUACCGUAAAGUUGAAAACCUUGGAGGUGUAGGACAAGCAGAUGAUCCGUACAGCUUUGGUGAAGAGGAGGUACAUCCAUCAACAUCAUCUCUUGGGGGAGCGAAGGCUUUGGCCCAGUUGCAUGCAGUUGAGCCCACUACUCCUGCACCUGUGAUGAAGACGUUCUCCACACAAACACCAAUAGACGAACCUGAGGCAGAAAACUUUGUUGAAGUUGUCACCUUCAAUGAAACACCUGGGAGAAGAACUGUCAUGACACAGACAGAUCCGAGGUUGAAAAAGAAGAAAUUUGGUCCCUUGGGUGAAGAGGAUUAUGACUAUGACGAAUAUAAAGGACGGAGGUUUAAAGAUGAUGGUCUGGGCUUGUUUGAGGAUAUGGAGAAUAGGAGGAGGUCAUUUAAGCGCAAUGCUGAGGAAGCCCUAAAAUGCCCAUUUUGUGAGAAGGCUUUCAUUGGUCUAGUAAAACAUAUUAAAACAAAGCAUAAGGAUGAGCCUGAUUUUGAAGAAGAAAUCCGAAAUGCCAAGUGGCGUGAGAGAAUUAUGAAAGUGUCAACCACUGGAGAGGGUGAGGAUGGAGAGGCCUGUCCAGAGUGUGGUAAGGUGUCCAAGAACCUGAAGAGGCACAUGGAACUUCACCAGCAGAACCGCAUGCAGAUUCCAUGUCCUAUCUGUGGGAAGGUCGUUCUCAAGACAGGAAUGAGUUCCCACAUGAGAACUGUCCAUUCUGGACGCAGGCCCUACAAAUGCCCUCACUGCGACUAUGCCUCAGCAUUCCGUGGAAACCUUAAUACGCACAUCAAGGGGAUGCACCUGCACACCCGUCAGUACCUGUGCAACACCUGCAAGGCUGCAUUUAAAACUCUAGGUGCCCUGAUUGGCCACACCAAGCGUGUACAUGAGGGCUGGAAGUCUCCCAAUCAGAAGAUCUUUAUUUGCUCCGUCUGCGAGAAGCGCUUCACCAAGAAGUACCAUGUUGAUCGUCACAUGUUGAUCCAUACAGGUGAAAAGCCGCACAAGUGUCACGACUGUGGCCGAUGCUUCAACAACAAGUCCAACUUGAUGUCGCACAUCCAACUUGUGCACAAGAAGCUGAGCCCGUACCAGUGUGACAUGUGCCAGGAGACAUUCAAAAGGAAGAAGAUCCUGCUGGAGCAUAUAGGGAAGGUCCAUGUGUCAGCUGGGGAGUCCGCGCAGGCCAUCAUCCGCAAGUAUGAAAUCGAGUAUGAGGAUGAGGAUGACGACAGCUAUGUGAAGCAGGAGAUGGAUGGGGAAGAGGAUGAGGAUGAUGAUGAAUCCAUUCAGCAGAUCCAGGGUGAGGAUGGGGAGACGUAUGUGCAGGUGUCUGAGGGCCAAUAUGCGGCCAUGGUUGGUGGGGAGGGCCAAUACCAGGCCCUUCAGGCUGUCCAGGGUCAGGAGGGCCAGGAGACUAUCAUCAUCGUCCAGACCAAUGACCCAAAUGAGGUGACACAGGCCAUCGUGGACCAGGGCGGGGCUGUACAGUAUACGAUGCAGGACGUACCACAGGUCCAGUAGGGUCCACUGCACUGAGGGCCGAACAGCUGGGUCUUGCACACUGCGGUGUUCAGUUGGCGGAAAGCAUUGCUGAUAAGCUUGCAUGGAGGAAAUCUGCAAAAACUGAUAUUUGAUUAUAAAUCUCUCAAACAAUAGUUAUUCUGAAACAGAAUUAAAGACAAUUGACUAUUUGCUGUAACAAAAUGGAAUUCAUUCAUUUAAUUAUAAAAUACAUGUGUAUUGAAAGAGUAAAAUUAAUUUCUUUUUUUUGAUACUGAAAUUUAUGGAGGUUAAUCCUUUGUAUACUUCAUUCUUUAAUGAGAAGGCUCUUUUCUACAAUGAUAAAGCUUGGGUGUCCUGCUUGGAAUGUAUCGCUAAUUUUCUACUUUUUAAUUGCUACUACUAUUUUUAUUUUGUGAUUUUAAGAAACUCGAUCAAGAUUCUUGACAACUCUGCUAUUGUCAUUUGUAAAUGUUUUUGUAGCAGUUCUCACUUGAGCUUGUCUUUUUACUCAUGAACCUCAUUAAGGGAGAAACAUGAUCAUGUGUUAUGGAGAUGCUGUUGUCUCUGGAAUAUUUAGCAAUUUCAUUGUUGUCCUAUCUGUUAUAUGUUGUUAAAGAAUGCUUUGGUGACUUAUCCUACUAUGGGAACUGGUGAAUCUUUGCAGAUAGUGGAUGUUUUCUGCUUUAGAUUUAUGUAAAAUAAUGCUUUGAAUGAGAGUAUGCUGUAUGCAUGUAUGGUGGGACGGACAUGAUAUUAAGGUUGGUUAGUCUUGCUGCUUUUUUGUAUGAUAGAAUGAGGUGAGAACAGAUUAUAUAAGAAAAUCUAGGUGUUGUUAAGGAGUACUUUAUUUUAGGAGUUUUUGUGAAGAUAUGUAAAUUUGGUGAUUUUUUUACGAAAACUCAACUAUUUGUAUGUAUGGUUUUGCUAGAGGUUGUCUGCCAUGUUGAUCAAGAUUUGUUUGUUGAAAGAUCUGAUACUGUUCAGGUUUUAGCUAACCAACACAAGGAGAAUGUAUGUGGAUGUUCUGUUUGUCUUGAGGAAGUACUUCGUUUAUAAUUGAAUGAAUCAUGUUCAACUGUAACAUUUUGCUUUUAUAAUGGGUAUGUUUGCCUAUUAACUUUUAUAAUCAAUGUUUCAAAAAUCGCCUUGAAUAUUCUCAUGAUUUGGACAUUAUUAUAUUGCUUUUUGAAAUUCUGUGUUAAACCUGUCAUUUCUAUACAUCUGUAUAACAAAGUUUUGCUUCUUUGUAUCAUUUUUUUACAUGGAAUUAAUUGCAUGCCCCAUCUUUUAUUAAACAUACCCAUAGUCACUGUCGUUAUUAAUAUGUAAAACAUUUAUCGAUACGAUAUUUUAGUAAAAGUACAACAGCGAUAUAUUUUUCUUCUUUAAUUUUAGUGAAAAUCAUAAUAAAAUAUUUUAUACUGUUUUGAAUAUAACAAGAUUGAUGUAGUCUUAAUUAUAAUGGAAUUUGUUCAUGAUUUAUUUGAAAAACGGCCAAUAGAUUUGGAGAUAUAACUGCUUUUGAAUCAUGUUACACUAUGUAUACUGUCAUUUGUUAACGUUUUUAUACGCAGUUAGCAUUAUACCUGGUAUUUGCUUGUUUUAAUCUCCUUCUAAUAAUGAUAAAAAUAACAAUAGAAUUGCAACUAUGAUUUUACUAUUCUGUUAUUUAUCAAUUUUUGCUUGUUCAAUGUUGGUCCAAAGUUAAUAUUGCCUAUUAUUGUGUUUAAUCUAGAAAUGGUUUCGUUCCGCAGAUAAAGUGCAACAACAUUAGAGAAUAUGACAUUUAUCGUGAAUGUAUAAUGUGUAAGGAAUACAUUGUGUAAAUUUGCUGUUAUUAGGAUGUCCAACUCCUGAACAGUGCGGUAUUUUUUACACAUAGACCUGUUGUAUAGAUGGUCACUUCAUGACUUGUAAGUUGUAAUAUACGUCAUUAAUAAACAUGUGAAUAUAAA